GUGCUUUUUCCUGACCCCGUGUCGCUUUUCUUCUCUUUCGAUUCUACACCACACUUGGCAAUUCUCUCAUUUCCUUGCCACUUUUCUUCUUUUUUCCCCCCCUUUUUGUUCUCUAGUUUUUUCUUGCUUCCAUUGCAUCUUCUCAUUGUCAACGAUCAGACAAUGGCAUUCGGCCAUUUGGGUUAGUUUUGAAUUUGCAAACAUGGCUUCAGAUUGGCGGCUUCAAUAAAAAAGACGACCAGUCCGGAAUUCGGAAUGGUCCAGAUUUUUUUUAUUUUUUUUUUUGGUUACUGUGAAUUCUAGCCGGAGAAGAAGUAGUAGCAAUGGAAGCUGUAUCAUCAGUGUCGGAAUCAGCUUAUUUGAGGUCGUUUUUAAGAAACCCCACUGCUUCUUCAGGGGAUAAUAUUUACUCCCGCAGUCUUUAUUUUGACUUCAGGAAGCACCCUACUGCGUUUUCUAAGCGCAAAAUUUCUGUCAAUAGAAAUAGGAAAUCCUUGUUUGGUGAUGGUUAUCACAAGUUAAGGCCUUGUGUUCUGUCAUCCACGGGUGAUGAUUUUUCAGAGGCCUCUAUGGCUCUUGAUGAAGGGGAUAGUAUCACGUCAGGAGGUGUGGCGGUUGAAGAAGAUGAACUUUCGGCUACAAAAAAAGCGCUUGCUGAGCUGCGAGUGAGACAGGAAGCUAUCGAGCAGGAGAGGGAUCGGUUACUGGAGGAUUUAGCUCGGUCUGAGGCUAAGCAGAAGGAAUAUGUAUCCACCAUCAUGCGUGACAAAGAAGUGGCAAUUUCAGAACUUGAGGCGGCCAAAGCUCUGUUUGAUCAGAAGUUGGAGCAGUCUGUGGAGGAUAGAUUUAAUUUGGAGUCCAAGUUGGUCCUUGCAAAACAGGAUGCUGUUGAGCUUGCUGUGCAAGUUGAGAAGAUGGCAGAAGUUGCUUUCCAACAAGCGACCUCUCACAUAUUAGAAGAUGCCAAGUUGAAAGUUUCAGCAGCUGAAUCUUUUGCUGCUGAUGCAGCAUAUCAAAUUGAAGAACGAAUCCGGCAUGCUACUGAGGAUACCAUAGUGUCCAUCGUGGAACAAGCUAAAGAUGUUAUAGAAAAAGCAUUAGCUGUGGCAGAAGCUGCUGGUGAUCAGUCGACAAAAGCUAUUGCUGCAUUUGCUGAUGACAUGAGUCCUUUGGACGAAGUUGCUCUUCUUCAAUCUCAAAAUAUAAAGUUCCAAAAUGAUAUUAACAAUUUAGAGGCCAAAUUAUUGGUUUCAAACAACGAAAUUCAUAGGUUGCAGUUGGAAUUAGAACAUAGUCGCCAACAAUGUAGCUCAUUUGAACUUCGGGCAAGUGAUGCAGAGAAAGCAUUGCUUGAACUUCAGGAGGCAAGCAAAAAAGCCGCUCAACAGCAGGAGGAGGAAGUUAAAUCAUUGUUGGAAAAGAUUAAGAAAGAUGCAGCAGAAAGGAAGCGGGCAGCUUCAAAGGCAUUCAAGGCCGAGCUGGAUGCUAUCAAGGCUGCCACCGAAGCAGCAAAAAGAACUGCUCGUUCACAAGAAGAAGCUUACCUGAAAAGGUGUGAAGCACUUCAGAGAUCGUUACGAGCAUCUGAAGCUGCAUCAAAGUUGUGGAGAGAAAGAGCAGAAUUAGCAGAGGCCUAUUUAAUGGAACAAAAAUCCUCAAGUGAGGAAGAUGAAAAAGAAACAUAUGUUGUUAAUGGUGGGCGCAUCGAUCUUCUGAUGGAUGAGGAUUCACAAAAGUGGAAACUACUAAGUGAUGGUCCUCGCAGAGAAAUUCCAGAUUGGAUGUCGCGAAGAAUACAGUCAAUAUUUCCCAAGUUUCCACCCAGAAAGACUAAUAUAACAGAAGUUGACACAUCAAGAUUUGUAUCUUUGGAGUUGCCAAGGCUAGACGAAGUAUGGUCAAUCUCUCAAGUAAAACCCAAGGAAGGGGACAUGCUUGUGGAGCAUGUGAUUGAGAAAGAAGUCAUAGAGAAGAAGCGGAAGGCUUUGGAGCGUGCUCUUCAGCGAAAGACAAUUAAAUGGAAGAGAACUCCAGAAGAGAAGAAAUUAGAGCCUGGAACUGGCACUGGACGUGAGAUUGUGUUCCAAGGUUUCAACUGGGAAAGCUGGAGAAGGCAGUGGUACCUUGAACUUGCUACUAAAGCAGCUGACUUGUCUCACUGUGGAAUUACAGCUGUGUGGCUACCACCUCCAACAGAAUCUGUUGCUCCACAGGGUUAUAUGCCUUCUGAUCUUUACAACUUGAAUUCGGCCUAUGGUUCAGUGGAAGAGCUGAAGUCUUGUAUCGAUGAAAUGCACAGUCAAGAUCUUCUGGUUUUGGGGGAUGUCGUACUGAACCACAGAUGCGCUCAUAAACAGAGUCCAAAUGGUGUCUGGAAUAUAUUUGGAGGCAAGCUUGCAUGGGGUCCUGAAGCUAUUGUUUGUGAUGACCCAAACUUCCAAGGGCGUGGAAAUCCUUCAAGCGGUGAUAUCUUUCAUGCAGCACCAAAUAUUGAUCAUUCACAAGACUUUGUUCGAAGAGAUAUUAGAGAGUGGUUAAAUUGGUUGCGGAAUGAUAUUGGAUUUGAUGGGUGGCGUCUCGACUUUGUAAGGGGCUUUGCAGGUGAAUAUGUCAAGGAAUAUAUAGAGGCUUCAAAUCCUGCUUUUGCUAUCGGAGAAUAUUGGGAUAGCUUGGCUUAUGAAGGGGGUAACUUAUGUUAUAACCAGGAUGCACAUCGGCAACGUAUAGUUAAUUGGAUCAAUGCAACUGGAGGUACCUCCUCAGCAUUUGAUGUCACAACCAAGGGCAUACUUCAUUCUGCUCUGCAUAACCAAUAUUGGAGGUUGAUUGAUCCUCAAGGAAAACCGACUGGAGUAAUGGGAUGGUGGCCCUCUCGUGCUGUAACAUUCUUAGAGAAUCACGAUACUGGAUCUACACAGGGUCAUUGGCCAUUUCCUAGGGAUAAGCUUACGCAGGGGUAUGCAUACAUCUUAACCCAUCCUGGAACGCCUGUCAUAUUCUACGAUCAUUUUUAUGAUUUUGGCCUACGGGAAAUAAUAACGGAGUUGAUCGAGUCUCGGACAAGGGCUGGAAUCCACUGCCGUAGUCCUGUAAAGAUACUCCAUGCAAAUAACGAUGGAUAUGUUGCACAAAUUGGAGAUACGCUAGUCAUGAAGCUUGGGUACCUGGACUGGAAUCCUUUCAAGGAAGUUCAUUUGGAUGGCAGCUGGCAGAAAUUCGUUGAUAAAGGGGCAGAUUACCAGUUGUGGUUGAGACAAUAGCAUUUUUUUUGGCGUCGAGUCACUGUAAUUUACCAUUGAAAAAAUAACAUAUUAAAACAGAAAUCACCAUGUUAUUCUUUCCAGGAAAUCCGGAAUUCUGGAUUUAACUGAAAACAGCUUCUUUGUGGUGUAUAAUUCAAUACAGAAGCAGAAUAGCCGCGGUAUGUAGCGAAAGAGAUACACUGAAAUGAAAGCAAUUGUUUCCUGAAAAAGGUUGACAACUACUCCGUCCGUCUCAUAAUUAUUGUCGAGUUUGAGUUUUCAUUUUUAGUUCAAAUUGUACUAAGAGUGAAAUUUCAAACUGGACAAUAAUUAUGGGACAGAGAAAGUAUGUAUUUCCCAGUUUUGUGAGUGACAUUUCAACCAAACAAACUUUAAAUCUGCCUCCUAAUGUCCCUUGCAACCGUAUUGAGACUCUUAGUUUUGGAGGGAGUAAGUUUAUUAGCACGGCAGUAACUAGAAAAAACUAACACGCCCUGCUGGUGCCAUGUUGAGAGAGAUUCUUCUGGCCGCCACAUUCUUUGGAGGAGCAGGAAAUAAGCUACAAGCAAAUUAGAUCUGUUAACUUGAAGAAUAAAGCAACUAUUUGUUUGGUAUAAGAUAAUAAAUUCGUCUGUUACAGUUAACUCUCUCUUUUUAGUCAAGAUUGUUAGGGUUUUAAUACUCUCUUUUAGCAUGGUUAUCUAAAUUUGUAGAAUGUUGUUGCUUCACCUG